AUGAAUCAUAUCCUGCUAUCCAAGCUCUCCUGGACGGACAAAUCGCCUGUCCUCAAAUUGCACCUCCUUCAUUCAUGGACGGCUGGAAACCCUGCUCGGCCCGGCGGAUUCACGGAGCGCGCAACACUCUGGACGGACGAAUUGGGAGUAUUGGUGCAGGGCCUUGCCCCGAAUCAAAUAUCGGCCCAGCUCGAUGAAGUUCUUGCUGUCGGCACCGUGUACUUCGUGACUAAGUUUUUCCAGCGCAAAUCAAGGAAACGUUGGGCGGCCUGCUCCAACGAGCGCGUGCUGAGUUUUACGUCAAACACCUCUUUUGUUCCAUCCACCGAAGACAAUUCAACCUUCUGUCCCGAUAGCUUUGAAUUUCGCCAGUUAGAAGACCUACACGCCAUCGCUUCACUGAAUGAAGCUUUAGUGGAUGUUGUUGGUCGGCUGGUCUCUGCUACGCCUGUUGGCUAUGUACAGAAACAAAAUCGGUCCAUAAAGAGGCAGACCAUUGUAAUUCAAAAUGAGAGAGAAACCUCCCUGUCAGUCACGCUGUGGGAGGAAUUUGCAGAGAGGCUGGUACUACCAGACCUCAUUCAGAUGGAUGGUGCCGCACCGGUUAUUGUGGCAUUUACCAGUCUCAAUAUUUCAGUUUGGCGUGGGACUGUCAGUGCUUCCAACAGCUCCGCAACUCGCAUUGUGAUGCUGCCACCAGUACCACAGGCCCAGGCCCUUGCCCUUCAUUUUGGCAAUGCUGCGGGAGCCAUCGGUGUCAUCCCAACUGAAAUUGAUACUCCUGAGAAGGCAAUGACAGUCUACCGUGAAUCCUUUAGGACUAUUCCCGAGCUUCAAACCAUUCAGUCCACCUCUACCAUGGGGGGGAAAUUUCGUUGUACUGGCAAGAUCACCGACAUAGAUAUGUCGCGCCCUUGGUGCUACCUAGGAUGUUCCAUCUGCUGUAAAGCUGCUGUAACGCGUGAUGCCCCAUUUUGGUGCGACAAAUGCGACACUACGGUUCACCCGCAUCAGCUCAAACAGUGCUUUCGCAUCCGGCUCAUGGUCCAAGCUGGGUCUGCUUUCGCACCUUUUGUGCUUCUUGGCCAAACUGCAAAAACCCUUUUGGGGGUGUCGGCAAGUGCUCUUUUUGCUGCUGCCCCAGAUCGAGGUGGUGGUUACCCUCCAGAGAUAGAAAACUUGCUUGCCAAGGAAUAUACCUUCCUGCUUAACCUCCCUCUAGGCCAGUCUGCGGACCCAAUGGACGAUUUCUGCGUGUCCGGUGUUGAAAGGGAUGAACAGCCCUUCACCCUCGGCAAAAGAACGCAUGGACCUCGCUUUGGGAACAAAAAUGGGAGUGUCAUCGCCACGGUUGCAGAGCUCUUCCAUACCAGCUCUAGAGUCUCAAAGCAAGCGCCUUCGCGACACUGCACCGAGUUGCCUUCUUCUUACAACACCUCUACGGUGAACGAAGCUUUUGUUCAGGAAACUGAUCAAUUCAGGGCCCCUCGACCACUGCAGACGUUAGACAUGAGCAAGUUCGUUGGCGGUACAGCCACUGCGGCCUUCAAUGCAGUGCUCUCGGCUGUAAAUGCACCCUCAACACCUGUUAAGACCUCUGAGAACUUGGGAGCUGCGGAGGUGCUUCCCGAUCUAAAGCCAAACGCCUCACCUGGGCUAAAUAAUACGGUGGUCGGGAUGCACAUUUCCACCCUAGCAUGCACGGAAGAGAUAAAGGAGCCACCCCGUGACUCUCAAAGCCUGGAGUCGCAUCAAGUGCAGCCACAAAAUUCCGGGGACAAUGCUUCACCUUCUGCUGGAAUGGGUCAUCCCCAUAUCCAUGGAAACUCAUUAGCGGUUGCAGAUCUGUCGAAAACAGUACCACCAUCUAUGUUGCCUAUUAACCCAAUAAAUCACCCUCUUGCUAAGGUCAAGAUCGAGAAACUGGAAUCCUCACUCGGGAACAAAACAAAUCCCUCCAAGAACUCUGAUGACUUGCCCAUCUCCCACCUGAAGUCGAGGACUUCCAGCUCCAAGGGUAAAGCUGUGGUCAAAAAACUCUUCUAG